UGAAGAAGAGCGUCCAAAUUUAACGCCUUGAAUUUCAUGGCAAUAACGUAGACACGAAAGAAGCCGAGAGACUUACUACCACUAGUUGACAGCACGUCAAACCCCUUCAAAGUGCCGGCGUUGAAGCUUGCCCCGGUUGACUACGAAGCUGAGCUUCGAACCAAAGCAGCCAAAAAAAGUAAGGAGGCGACGGCGAUGGAGAUUAAGGCACUGCAGGAGCACCUUGAUGACCUGAAUUCGCAAGAAGGUGGCUAUCGCCCGCUGCAUAAGCUUGGGAAGCAGCCGUACGUUGGCAAGUCGAGUAUUUGAGUGUUAGAAUUCUUUAAGUUUUGCUUGUGUAGUGUAGUGCGUUGAAUGUUUUGCGUCUCCUUCUGAUCAACCUACAACACCUCCCUGUUCAAACCACUUCCUCACCUUCUUGUCUACACUCUCAAAAGCGUCCACUUAUAUGACCCUUAAAAAAAUGCACAGCUUUCGGCGACCUUUCUCUUGGUGAACAGCAGGAGCUCGCUUCCACUCUGGGCAAAAUCCGCUUGACGGAGGUGCAGAAGAAGAUGACCUCCAAGAUGCAGUUCGCCGCCCUCUGCGAGAGUGCCGGAACCAAGUCGUCGAAUCCGGUACUGUACUUAUUGGAGUGAAAAAGUAAAGAAGUUCUUAGCUGCUUUCUAGAUGAUUAAAAAGUAACGAAGUCUGCAGCUAUUGCUCUCCUGUUAGCAGCUCCGGGGGCACAUUUAGAAGUACGCGAGACCUUUAUCCACCUGCUGAACAAACUGAAACUCAUUCCCACCACUUCAAAAAAGUGUUGUUCUCUCUUCCUCCUUAACUCUGACCAUAAAACUUCAAUCCCAGUUGCCUCCGCAGAAGAACCAGCAUGCUCCGGGGGCUUGGUUGGCCAACGAAUGCCCGAGCUACCGCUGGAGCCGUGCGUUCACCAGCUUGCCGAACGCUGCGCAGCUCGAGUUGAUGCGUGCUGGCCAGAAGUUUCAACUCGCAAUGCGUGCCAUGCAGAUCAACCAGAGCGGUGGUGGUCAGCUUGCUCUUGGAAAUGUUGCGAACCCGCUCGCUUUGAUGGAUGGAGCUGCUGGUGGUGGUGCUGCUCUCGGGGACAUGAUGGGCAUGAUGAUGGGCGCUGGUUCUGGUGGAGAAGCAGGCGGCAUGGAUGAGGUGCUUUUCUAGUUUGUUUUUUAGAUUUAGAUGCAGUAGUAGUGGCUGGAUUUUCUUGCUUCGUGAUUCUUGACCUUCUUUUCUUUCGGCUGAGACUUCCCUGACUAAUUCAGACUGUAAUACUUGAUCUUCGUCGAGAGUCUCCGCGUCCUCUACUGUCCACCACUUGACUCUUGUAGUUUCUUUUUUAUCGUGGAGAACUCCACCGGCAAAUCAUUGCUUCACUUUCUUACUAUCCCCCUCGUUCCAGAUGAUGAAGAAGAUGAUGGCUGGCGGUGCUGCUUCUGGAGCUGAAAACGGCUUGGCCGGCGGCUCGAGCUCCUCGGGCGCCAACAACGGCAUGCAGCUUCCCUUGCCGCCGGCUGGUACUGGAGCAGAAGCUGAAUCUGAGGAGGAAGCUCAAGCUUCCGCCGCAGCCGGAGACGACCAAGAGGUUGAGGUCAGCCCCAAGGCUGCUCCGGCCCCGAAGCGCAAGAUGGCGCGCAAGAACUAGAUCGGCAUGAGGUGCAAGCGUGCGAUGUAGCUGAGAGAGCAACAACGAGAACCAGCAGCAGCAGGUCGAUGACUCGCGCAUGUCGUGGGUUGUCACUGUUGACACGGUGAUAGCGUCGUGACUCAGCAGCCGCUUAGACGAAUGAUGACUGAUGUUGCUCUUGGGUCUCCGAGUGUUUUUAGAUGUUGAAGAAGCUGUUGUAUUUUGUGCUUUGACUCAGAUCAGGUUCCAAGGUAUACACAGCGCCACGCGAUGAACUUCUGGAUUGAACUACGAUACUUUUUGGCAUGUUUUACCCUUAUUGAGCAACUCACUGCUUCACUAUAAAACUUUCCUCCACGGCGUCCUGGCUGGCAUUAACGUGACCAGCCUCGACAUUUAUCGAAGUUGCAUCUUCACAGUAUCACACUCUUUUCAUGUUCAUUACAUUCUUUUCCCUCUUCUUUUCGUUCAUAACUUCUUGAAAUACCCCGACACUUUUGACGUAGGCACUUGCUGCUGAAUCGUCCUGCCUUCGAGCAGUAUCUCGAAGAAGAACCACGAGAAACAAGCACUAAAAAAACUGCGUUGGGCUCGUGGUGUAGAUUGUCAAGCAUGGCUCUUUGAGCUACCUCCUCG